AUGAUCACAUCAGAACUGUGUCCACAACGUAUUCCUAAUAUUCCAGCUGAUGCCCGAUGGACACAGAAUGCAAUAACUGUGGCUGGAGGUCACAGAGAAGGCAAUGCCAGCAAUCAACUCUAUUGGCCUCAAGACUUAUCUGUCGAUGAUGAUCAAACGAUGGUCAUUGCUGAUAUGCAGAAUAAUCGUAUCAUCCAAUGGAAAAAUCGAAAUAAUAAUCGUGUGCAACGAUUUUCUAUUCAAUAUGCUUAUGAAGAUGAUUAA